CUUUUGGUCCGUCUCCACUUCUGCCCUUCCUCCUUCCUUCCUUUCUUCCUUCCUUCUCCACAGAUACUCUGACCGAGCGCUGCAUAGACAGUCUAGAUCAAGAUCUAGCUUCCUCUCCUGCAAGCGGACCCUCUUAGGAGGAAGAGUCCUUUGAGGAAAGGACCGAGGCCGCCCUCAAGGACAAGGGACCAAGGGACCAAGUAGCCCAUCCAGACCCACGGACCGCAGAGCAGCAUGCCUCCGCGUUCCGACCGCAACAUCCAAUUCUCGGGCCCUGCCGUACCUGCCUUUUUGCAAAAGUUGCACGCUCAAGUAAAUGGUGGUCGAGCUAAUGGAGCUGGAGCCGCAGGUGGGGGAGAGAGGGGGAGGGGUGAUGUUUUGGGGGCUAUGGGAGGGGGAGGGGGAGAAGAUGAGUGGGAUCAGAUGUUCUCCUCCUCCUCCUCUUCGUCUACUGCUGCAAGAGGAGGGCAAGGUGAGGGAGGUGGUGUGGCUGAAGGUGAAGGUGAAGAGUGGGAUGGAGCGCAAGUGGUGGUCCUCAAGGAGGGGAGACACCUCACCGCCGAAGAUGUGAAGCGGCUAAGAGACGAGGAGGCGGAUGAGGCUGCUUCCCCCCUGACACCCUCUGGAAGUACCUCCAAAACACCCACGAUAGCCACUGCCUCCUCUGCUUCCCCCUCGAAGCGCCCUAGAAGGGACCCCGUAUUGUCCACCGAGACGGAGGAAGCGCCCCUCCUUGCCCUCUCCUCUGGCCAGCAGCAGCAGAAGAAGGACCAGAAGGUCAGCACGAAUACCAACAAGAAGGGCAAGGGAGAGACAGAUCCCCUCUCCUCUGUACGAGCCCUAAUCGAGGCGGAUCGGCGCAGCAAAGACGACCAGAGCAAGGCAGCGGGAAAAGAGGACGCUGCGAGUAAAAAGGAGAGGAAGCGACGUGAAGUCGAAACGGAGAAGAGAAAGAGGGGAAAAGGACUCAGCUUUGGCUUUGAAGAUUGAGGCAGUAAGGCUUCGAGGGAGGUAAAGAGGAAAGGGGACCUCUUUCCCACUAACUCCUCGCCGGCCUGCUUGCCAGCCAAGCGUGGAGGAGGAACAAUUCGAUGAUACGCUAAAGUGGACCUACAACAGCCCGAGGCGAGCCAGCGGGUGCUACGCUGCGCUACAGGCUGGCU